AUGUGGUUGACCCAUUUGCUCAAAGAUCUUCGGGUGUGGGCUUCCACAGUAGUUCUUUAUUCUGAUAGUACCGCUGCGAUAUACAUUGCCACCAAUCCGGUUUUUCACGAGAGAACAAAACAUAUUGAGCUCGAUUGCCAUACAGUUCGUGAGAAGUUGGAUAAAGGCUUAAUGAAGACCCUUCAUUGCCACCAACCUACUGUAUCUCGGUCUUCUGCUGAAGCAGAGUAUAGAGCAUUAGCAUUGGCGUCUUGUGAAAUGAUGUGGUUGACCCAUUUGCUCAAAGAUCUUCGGGUGUGGGCUUCCACAGUAGUUCUUUAUUCUGAUAGUACUGCUGCGAUAUACAUUGCCACCAAUCCGGUUUUUCACGAGAGAACAAAACAUAUUGAGCUUGAUUGCCAUACAGUUCGUGAGAAGUUGGAUAAAGGCUUAAUGAAGACCCUUCAUUGCCACCAACCUACUGUAUCUCGGUCUUCUGCUGAAGCAGAGUAUAGAGCUUUAGCAUUGGCGUCUUGUGAGAUGAUGUGGUUGACCCAUUUGCUCAAAGAUCUUCGGGUGUGGGCUUCCACAGUAGUUCUUUAUUCUGAUAGUACCGCUGCGAUAUACAUUGCCACCAAUCCGGUUUUUCACGAGAGAACAAAACAUAUUGAGCUCGAUUGCCAUACAGUUUGUGAGAAGUUGGAUAAAGGCUUAAUGAAGACCCUUCAUGUGCGUACUGAAGAUCAGGUUGCAGACAUUUUGACUAAACCUUUAUUCCCUCAUCAGUUUGAACAUCUCAAGUCCAAGACGAGCUUAAUCAACACAUACAGCUCAUCUUUAGGGGACCUAUUGGAGUUGGUUAAAUCAUUGAAUUGGUUUCCUUUCGCUGGUUCACUAUAA